AGUCUGCAAGACCUGAAGGGAAAGUUCAAGAAGCCCGUCCUGAAGAAAGUACGUAUGUCUGCUGACGCUAUGCUCCAGGCUCUGCUGGGCUCCAAACACAAGGUGUCCAUGGAUCUGAGGUCCAACCUGAAGCAAGUCAAGAAGGAGGUCAAGGAAGAGGACAAAGAAUCUGUGGGUGACUGGCGUAAGAACAUCGAAGACAAAUCAGACAGAAAGAAGAUGUUUGAGACUAAUAAAGAGUAGAUGUUCCAGAGUUCCAGACAGGAAGAUGUUUGAGACUCAUAAGGAGUAGAUGUUCCAGAGUUCCAGACAGGAAGAUGUUUGAGACUAAUAAGGAGUAGAUGUUCCAGAGUUCCAGACAGGAAGAUGUUU